AUGGCAAAGCUGCUCAAAACUUUGUUUUAUGUUUCUUUAUUUGUUAUAUGGUUUUUAAUUUGGCGGACAGAGAGCAAAACAUACUGGCAGUCUGUGGAUGAUGACGUGUUGUCGCCCUAUGCCAGUUCUCACGGUCCAUCUCAUUCUCAUCGGCAUGUAAGAGACUGUCAGCCUAUCAUCCAUGGAAAUGUAACCCAUGAAACAUGGCAGGCCAGCAAUUACUCUGGAUCAUCCGUAGUGGAGUCCAGGAGCUUUGUGUCAGCCAUCAGCAGCAAUCCAUCGAGUGUGUGUGAGUGGGUGAGUGGCCACAUCACGGUGGUUCUUGACCCUCUGAGAACAGUGUCUGUGCUGGAGCCUGGCGGUCCGGGAGGUUGUGAGAAACCCCGUAGAGAGCUAGUGGAAAAAACUGCUAGAAUGAGGAAGUGUCUGAUCGCCCAGAACGGUGGAUACUUUGUCACUGGCAGUGGACUGUGCUUAGGGAAUAUUGUGAGUGAUGGCAGAUUGGUGCAGGACAGUAAAGGAGUGCAGAAUGCCCAGUUUGGCAUUAGAAAAGAUGGGACGCUAGUGUUUGGUUAUCUAUCAGAAGAGGAUGUGUUGGAUGAGGUAAAUCCCUUUGUGCAGCUGAUCAGUGGGGUGGUUUGGCUGCUCAGGGCAGGAGAAGUUUACAUCAAUGAGAGCAUACAGGCUGAGUGCAGCAAAACUCAGGAGACAGGAACGUUUCGGCGCUUCGUUAAUGUGAUUUCUGCACGGACAGCAGUGGGCCAUGACCGUGAGGGCAGACUCAUUCUCUUUCACAUCGAUGGGCAAACAGAUCACAGAGGUAUGAACCUCUGGCAGGUAGCACAGUUCCUGAAGGAGCAGGGAGUCAUUAAUGCCAUUAACCUUGAUGGUGGUGGUUCUUCUACUUUUGUCAUUAAUGGUACUUUGACCAGUUACCCCUCAGAUCACUGUAUAGAGGCAAUGUGGCGCUGUCCUCGUGCUGUCUCCACUGUUCUCUGUGUUCAUGAACGCUUGUGCCAGCCUGAGGACUGCAACAAACACGGGACCUGCAUAGACGGCCAGUGUGCGUGCAAUCAUGGCUGGACUGGGCCCACCUGUGCCAAUCUAACAUGCCAGCCACGAGACUGUGGAGAACACGGACUAUGCACUGAGGAUGGCUGUGUGUGUGAUGCAGGGUGGAUGGGAGCCAACUGCAGUUUAGAAUGUCCACUGGGUUUCCAUGGACUGCAAUGUUUGCAACAGUGUCAGUGCAGUGACCUUUGCCCAUGUGACCCAGUCACAGGCAGCUGCAAUGCUACAUUCACAGGCCAGAGGAACAUCAGCCUGCAUAGAGCUGGUCACUGUCUGGCCACUCAGAAGUGGAAAGAGUGGAGAGAGCAGGAGGAGGCUCACACCAUCAAGCCCUAUUUUUCAGAGCGGAGCUGGCUGGUUAUCACUGCUAUUUUGGCUGUUAUCUUGCUGACCAGUCUCAUUGGAAACCUGACCCUUGUGUGUGGAAAAUGCAGAGGACGUCAACAGCGUGAUUACUCCUACGUACCACUGCAUGAAGUUAAUAGUUCUACAGAUAGUGCCCUGAGAUCGAGCGCUCAGUCUAGCAAAGGCACCUUUCGGCCUGAUGAUACGGACUCACAAGACUCCUUAUGAACAGCUCUGAGAGUCGAUGUGAGAUUAUACAUGUAUGUCUUACUGGUUAUAUGCUCAUAUUUAAUGUGUGCAUUGCAAGACAAAGACAAGUACAAGAGGGGGUGGAUCUGUGUCUGCAUGGGCCCUGCUGAGUAAGUGCUCUUAAGGCCUGAACUGUAAGAACAUGGGGGCAUCUUUUUGGAGUCUGUUCUGACUGAUAUAAACAGAUUAUUAGUCAAAGAAGGAAAUGUUUCUGCCUUUCGUUCAUGCUGAGAAUCAAAAAGACUUGAGUCAAGUUAAGAUUCACAAAUGAGGGUGCACUGAUCUAAUAAUAAAUAAUGUUAACAGACCACCUUUGGCCUGAACACACCAGGCCAAAUUACUAAAGGAAAUGCUGUUGUAAUAACAAAAAUAAGACUGCAGUUGUGUAGAAAAAUGUAAAUAUGAGGGAUCUUCAAAAAGUUUCAGCACAUUUAUAUUUUGGUUAGAAGCGGUGAGGGUGGGAGGAGUAGUAAUUGGUCGUGUCUGAGAGACAGAGAGAGAGCUUAUAGUCUGGAUUUAGCACCAUCUGAUUUCCACCUUUUUGGACCUCUCAAAAGAAGCUUUAAGGGCAAGAACAUUUUCAUGUGAUGAUGAUGUGAAAGCAGCAGUGUAUUAGUGGCUACACGCUCAACCAAGUGCGGAAACUUUUUGAAGAACCCUCGUAGUUUUACUAUCUGUUAAUCGGUGGUGUAAGCCACGUUUAUGCUUUUGAUGUUGAGCAUUUUAAAUGAUUAAAUGUAAUUGAACGGUGGAACCAGGCCACCGAUUGGUUCA